AUGCGUAAUUAUGGAUUUUUCUCUAUUGUUGAUUUCAACAAACAAGAAGUUAGACGAUAUCGAAUGGAAGAAAGUCAAGGAACAUUGGUUGCAGGUGGAAAUGGACAAGGAAAUCGUCUUGAUCAAUUAUAUGAUCCGACAUACGUAUUCGUCGAUCGAGAUCAUUCAGUUUAUGUAUCUGAUUCUAGCAAUCAUCGAGUGAUGAAAUGGAUGAAAGGUGCGAAAAAAGGCGUUGUUGUGACAGGAGAUCAAGAUAAACGAAAUAGUCUUACACAAUUAUCAAAUUCUUGUGGAAUUGUUGUGGAUCAAUCAGGUACUGUCUAUGUGGCUGACUGUUCAAAUCAUCGAAUAAUGCGUUGGUCUCAAGAAAGCACGCAGAGAAGUGUUAUCGUUGGUGAAAAUGGUAAAGGAAGUCAAUCGAAUCAACUCUAUUAUCCCACUGGUUUGAUAUUUGAUCGAGAAGGUAAUAUUUAUGUAAGUGAUCAUGGAAAUCAUCGAAUACAAAAGUUUAACCUGAAUCGAAGUUGA